AUGAAGGUGAUCAGACUCAUUUUCAUGGUCGCCCUAGCCAUGGCACUAGCCAUAACUCUAGUCACCAUGAAAAACACUGCCGAAGAAUCAGUAAUGAAGAACAAGAAGAACUCGGAUUCCGAACGGGGGAAGAUACUGAUGCCGUCCAAAAGGUUAAGCCGUUUCCUAGCUCAAAAACGAAAGCCAAAGAAUCCCAGAGCAGCUGAUCAUUGCAAGAAAGAUAAUGACAUUUGUGGCAACAUCCCGGGUGAAGAAGGGAGAAAUUCUACAUGCUGCAACAACAAAUGUGUGGAUUUGGUGUACGAUCCUUACAAUUGUGGAGCAUGCAAAAACAAGUGUUUGCCGUUUGAAGCUUGCUGCAACGGGCGAUGCGUUAAUCUUUCGUUUGAUAAGAGGCACUGUGGAUUUUGCAACAAAAAGUGCAUGCCGGGGGGAUUUUGUAUAUACGGCAUCUGCGAUUAUGCUUAA